AGAGAUUUAAAAGAAGAGUGAAUGAAGAAAGCAGAGACACAACGCACUAAGAGAACUAACAGGGAGCAAGAGUGGAGCAAAGGAAACACGUUUCCACUGGGGCAGCAUCAACAGGCACUAGACCAGUUUGGCAUCACAACAGUGUUGCGUGGGAGGAAACACAAAUCUGAAGAAUUUCAUUAUGGAAAGGACACUGCUGUGCCUGAUGCUGCUGGUUCCUUUGAUGCUUGCUGUAAAGCAACGGCGAGAGCCGUCGGAGUGGGAUUAUCGAUCAGAGGCUGAGAAGGUGAACAUGCGAGGAUGUGCUAAUCUGACUACUGUGCUGGACAACUGGAAAUUCGCUAUUAUGACCCAGUUUAGAAACCUGCUCCUCUAUGAUCAUCACACUGUGCUGCCGGACUAUGGAAGGAUCAAGUCCCUCUCGGAAGCUUUGGAUGACUUAUACAAAGAGUUUAAUGCCCUAAAGGAGCGCCUGGGGGAACUGAGUACCAAGUUUGAAGGAGUAGAAGCCUUUGUGGAUGAAAUGAAUGCUGGUCGGCAGAUGGCACCCCCAAAACCAGUUCCUACAGCGGCAAAACCAUCCAGGCAGCCAAACGUUGAAACUUUGGUUUUGGGCCCUGGGAUCCUUAAUAACCAAAGAAAGUUUAGGAGGCCCAAAGCUCCUGUUAAUAAGUCUUAAGAAGGAAAGAGGAAAUUAGCUCUGCCUCUGUUAUACUGAAUGUAUUAUUCUAUUCACUAAUACUAGCCAGUAACUAUGUACAUCAUCCAGGUAUUAAAUACUCACACUCUGCUUAUUGUCUAUUUUAAUUGCAGAUUGUUUAUUGAGAUCGCAAUAAAAACAUUUAUAUAGAAAAA